AUGAUGGACUUACUUCAGCUAGUCUGUGACCCCUGGGUUCAUGUGUUUGUCCCCAUGGGCUUUGUCUUUGGGUGUUACCUAGACAAGAGGGAUGACGAAAAGCUGACUGCCCUCCGGAAUGAGAGCAUGCUAUUUCAAAGGGAACCGAGGUCCAACUGA